CUGGACCCCAGGCUGCAUUUUCCAGUGGCUCCCGCGUCCUCCGGGACCGGGUGGCUUGGGGCGGGCGGCCGGUAUUCGGGUGGCUGCUUGGUCUAGGGCCAGUUUCCUGCGCGGCCGGGGCCGGGGGCGUGGCGCGGGUGGCCUGCAGCGCCUCCCCAGGGUGCGCCUUCGCCUCGUCCUUCGGAGAUGCUUUCCCCGCGCGUUUCUCGCGGCGUUGCAGUCCCUACUGUGUGAAAGGCCCCCGCGGCGCUCCCGGCCGCCGUCUUCUUCCCGCGCCCUUGGGCUCGCGUCCUGCCCGUCCGGGCCUGGCGUGGCGCUGCCGGGAACCCACGCGGCGCUGGCGCCGGGCGCCUUCGAGGGACGCGCUCCCGUCUUUAUCCCGCCCGGGGUUUCGCCGUGAAAAAGCGCUCGGUUUGAUGGCCACCGUCCUAGGUUUCGUGGGAAUAAAGCGCGCAGAGCCCAUGACUCGGGGGCAGGAGAAAGGGGGUCCCGAAAGCGCGAGGCGGAACCGCGGGAGCUGCCGGGACGAGGCCGGCCUCUCUGCGAGCUUGCUCACUUCCGACAGAGAAAAACAAAAGGUGACAGUUCGCAUUCGGAGAAAAAGACGGCGAAGAGGAAGGGCUCGGCUGUCGAUGCGUCUGUCCAGGAGGAGAGUCCGGUAACCAAGGAGGACAGCGCACUCUGUGGAGGAGGGGACAUUUGCAAAAGCACAUCAUGUGACGACACCCCUGAUGGGGCAGGAGGGGCCUUUGCAGCUCAGUGAGAUGAAGAGGGAAGGGGUGAAGGUGUUGCAGACAUGGUGUGUUGCUGGAGGAGACUGGGUCUGCUGCUUGAGGCCUUGUGAGCUGCAGGGGCACCCCCAUGGGCAGGUGUGGCAGCCGGAGGACUGUGAUGGAGAGAAGAGAGAGGACUUGGAACAGCUGCAGCAGAAGCAAGUCAAUGACCAUCCUCCAGAGCAGCGUGGGAUGUUCACAGUCAAUGACCACCAACCGGAACAGCGUGGGAUGUUCACAGUCAAUGACCAUCCUCCAGAGCAGCGUGGGAUGUUCACAGUCAAUGACCACCAACCGGAACAGCGUGGGAUGUUCACAGUCAAUGACCAUCCUCCAGAGCAGCGUGGGAUGUUCACAGUCAGUGACCACCAACCGGAACAGCGUGGGAUGUUCACAGUCAAUGACCAUCCUCCAGAGCAGCGUGGGAUGUUCACAGUCAAUGACCAUCCUCCAGAGCAGCGUGGGAUGUUCACAGUCAAUGACCAUCCUCCAGAGCAGCGUGGGAUGUUCACAGUCAAUGACCACCAACCGGAACAGCGUGGGAUGUUCACAGUCAAUGACCAUCCUCCAGAGCAGCGUGGGAUGUUCACAGUCAAUGACCAUCCUCCAGAGCAGCGUGGGAUGUUCACAGUCAAUGACCACCAACCGGAACAGCGUGGGAUGUUCACAGUCAAUGACCAUCCUCCAGAGCAGCGUGGGAUGUUCACAGUCAAUGACCACCAACCGGAACAGCGUGGGAUGUUCACAGUCAGUGACCACCAACCGGAACAGCGUGGGAUGUUCACAGUCAGUGACCGCCAACCGGAACAGCGUGGGAUGUUCACAGUCAAUGACCAUCCUCCAGAGCAGCGUGGGAUGUUCACAGUCAGUGACCACCAACCGGAACAGCGUGGGAUGUUCACAGUCAGUGACCACCAACCGGAACAGCGUGGGAUGUUCACAGUCAGUGACCGCCAACCGGAACAGCGUGGGAUGUUCACAGUCAGUGACCGCCAACCGGAACAGCGUGGGAUGUUCACAGUCAGUGACCGCCCACCGGAACAGCGUGGGAUGUUCACAGUCAGUGACCACCCACCAGAACAGUGUGGGAUGUUCACAAUCAGUGACCACCAGCCGGAACAGCGUGGGAUCUUCACAAUCAGUGACCACCCACCAGAACAGCGUGGGAUGUUCACAGUCAGUGACCGCCAACCGGAACAGCGUGGGAUGUUCACAGUCAAUGACCAUCCUCCAGAGCAGCGUGGGAUGUUCACAGUCAAUGACCACCAACCGGAACAGCGUGGGAUGUUCACAGUCAGUGACCAUCCUCCAGAGCAGCGUGGGAUGUUCACAGUCAGUGACCACCAACCGGAACAGCGUGGGAUGUUCACAGUCAGUGACCACCAACCGGAACAGCGUGGGAUGUUCACAGUCAGUGACCACCAACCGGAACAGCGUGGGAUGUUCACAGUCAGUGACCGCCAACCGGAACAGCGUGGGAUGUUCACAGUCAGUGACCGCCAACCGGAACAGCGUGGGAUGUUCACAGUCAGUGACCGCCCACCGGAACAGCGUGGGAUGUUCACAGUCAGUGACCACCCACCAGAACAGUGUGGGAUGUUCACAAUCAGUGACCACCAGCCGGAACAGCGUGGGAUCUUCACAAUCAGUGACCACCCAGCAGAACAGCGUGGGAUGUUCACAAAGGAGUGUGAACAAGAAUGUGAAUUUGCCAUUACUGACCUGGAGAGCAGCCGUGAAGAUGAGGCUGGCCUGCAGCAGAGUCAGGCCAUGCAUGGCCUUGAACUGGAGGCGCUGCGCCUGAGUCUGAGCAACAUGCACACGGCGCAGCUGGAGCUGACACAGGCCAACCUCCAGAAGGAGAAGGAGACGGCAUUGACGGAGCUGCGGGAGAUGCUCAACAGCCGGCGUGCCCAGGAGCUGGCCCUGCUACAGAGCAGGCAGCAGCACGAGCUGGAGCUCCUCAGGGAGCAGCACGCACGGGAGAAGGAGGAGGUGGUGCUCAGGUGUGGACAGGAAGCAGCCGAGCUGAAGGAGAAGUUACAAUCAGAAAUGGAGAAAAACGCCCAAAUAGUAAAGACCCUGAAGGAAGAUUGGGAAUCUGAAAAAGAUUUAUGUUUAGAAAAUCUACGCAAAGAAUUGUCUGCAAAGCAUCAAUCAGAAAUGGAGGAUUUACAAAACCAGUUUCAGAAAGAAUUGGCAGAACAGAGAGCUGAGUUGGAGAAGAUUUUUCAAGACAAAAACCAGGCUGAACGGGCCCUUAGGAACCUGGAGAGUCAUCAUCAAGCAGCCAUUGAGAAGUUACGUGAAGACCUGCAGUCCGAGCAUGGCCGGUGUUUAGAAGACUUGGAGUUCAAGUUCAAAGAGAGCGAGAAAGAAAAACAGCUGGAGUUAGAGAAUCUUCAAGCAUCAUAUGAAGACCUGAAGGCGCAAUCACAAGAAGAGAUCAGGCGCUUGUGGUCCCAGCUUGAUUCUGCCAGGACCAGUAGACAGGAAUUGAGUGAGCUACAUGAGCAACUCCUGGCACGCGCCUCUCACGUGGAAGAUUUAGAACAGCUGAAGCAGCGAGAAAAAACCCAGCAUGAGUCCGAACUGGAGCAACUGAGGAUUUAUUUUGAAAAGAAGUUAAGGGAUGCUGAGAAAACUUACCAAGAAGACCUAACCCUGUUACAGCAGAGGCUGCAGGGGGCGAGCGAAGAUGCUCUUCUGGACUCUGUGGAAGUUGGGUUGUCCUGUGUGGGUUUAGAAGAGAAACCUGAGAAAGGAAGAAAAGAUCACGUUGAUGAACUCGAGCCUGAGCGACAUAAGGAGAGCCUGCCACGCUUCCAGGCGGAGUUAGAAGAAAGCCACAGGCACCAGUUGGAAGUGCUGGAGUCUCCCCUCUGCAUCCAGAACGAGGGGCAUGUCUCAGACAGAUGCUGCGUAGAGACUUCAGCAUUGGGACACGGGUGGCGUCUGGAGCCCUCUGAAGGGCACAGCCAAGAGCUUCCCUGGGUGCAUCUCCAGGGUGUGCAGGACGGGGACUUGGAGGCCGACACAGAGGUGGCAGCUAGAGUCUUGGGUCUGGAAACUGAGCACAAGGUGCAACUUUCGCUUCUUCAGACUGAGCUCAAGGAAGAAAUUGAACUCCUAAAAAUAGAAAAUAGAAAUUUGUACGAGAAGUUGCAGCAUGAAACCCGUCUGAAGGACGAUUUGGAGAAGGUAAAACACAAUCUAAUUGAAGACCACCAGAAGGAACUAAAUAAUGCUAAGCAAAAGACUGAGCUGAUGAAACAGGAAUUCCAAAGAAAAGAAACGGACUGGAAAGUUAUGAAGGAGGAGCUACAGCGGGAAGCUGAGGAGAAGUUAACGUUGAUGCUACUUGAACUGAGAGAAAAGGCUGAAUCCGAGAAACAGACCAUCAUAAACAAGUUUGAGCUUCGAGAAGCUGAAAUGAGGCAGCUUCAGGACCAACAGGCAGCCCAGAUCCUGGAUCUGGAGAGGUCCUUGACGGAGCAGCAGGGUCGCCUGCAGCAGCUGGAACAGGACCUCACUUCAGACGACGCCCUGCAUUGCAGCCAGUGUGGGCGGGAGACGCCCACAGCCCAGGACGGGGAGCUUGCCGCGCUCCACGUGAAGGAAGACUGCGCCCUGCAGCUGAUGCUGGCCCGGAGCAGGUUUUUAGAGGAACGUAAAGAGAUCACCGAGAAAUUCAGUGCGGAACAAGAUGCCUUCCUGCAGGAGGCCCAGGAGCAGCAUGCCCGCGAGCUGCAGCUCCUCCAGAAGAGACACCAGCAGCAGCUCCUGUCAGUGACGGCGGAGCUCGAGGCCAGACACCAGGCCGCGUUGGGCGAGCUGACAGCCUCCUUAGAGAGCAAGCAGGGGGCUCUGCUGGCUGCACGUGUGGCCGAACUGCAGACAAAACACGCUGCCGACCUCAGCGCUCUGGAGACCAGACAUCUGUCCAGCCUUGAUUCUUUGGAAUCCUGUUACCUGUCUGAAUUUCAGACCAUCCGUGAGGAGCACAGGCAGGCCCUAGAGCUCUUACGAGCAGACUUUGAGGAACAACUGCGGAAAAAGGACUCUCUUCACCAAACGAUUUUGACUCAAGAGUUGGAGAAACUGAAGCGGAAACAUGACGGGGAGCUACAGUCUGUGCGGGACCACCUGCGAACCGAAGCAAGCACAGAGCUCGCCGGAACCGUGGCUCACGAGCUGCAGGGAGUGCACCAGGGUGAAUUUGGAAGUGAAAAGAAAACUGCUUUGCAUGAAGAAGAGGAGACACUUCGGCUACAGAGUGCACAGGCACAGCCUUUUCACCAAGAGGAGAAAGAGUCUUUGUCUCUGCAGCUUCAAAAGAAGACUCACCAAGUCCAGCAGCUGAAAGACCAGGUUUUAUCCUUAAGUCACGAGAUAGAAGAGUGCCGCUCCGAGUUGGAGGUGCUGCAGCAGAGGCGGGAGCGGGAGAACCAGGAAGGCGCAAACCUCCUCUCCAUGCUCAAGGCCGACGUCGACCUGUCCCACAGCGAAAGAGGGGCCCUCCAGGACACCCUGCGCAGGCUGCUGGGUUUGUUUGGAGAGACGCUGAGGGCAGCCGUCACCCUGAGGAGCCGGAUCGGGGAACGCGUGGGGCUCUGCCUGGAUGACGCGGGCGCAGGCCUGGCCCCGUUGGCAGCUCCGGUGCUGGAGGAGACGUGGUCUGAUGUGGCCCUCCCGGAGUUGGACAGAACUUUGUCUGAAUGUGCAGAGAUGUCUUCCGUGGCUGAAAUUAGCAGCCACAUGCGUGAAAGCUUUCUCAUGAGCCCAGAAAGUGUGCGGGAGUGUGAGCAGCCCAUCCGGAGGGUCUUCCAGAGCCUCAGCCUGGCCGUGGACGGCCUCAUGGAGAUGGCCCUGGACUCCAGCAGGCAGCUGGAAGAAGCACGCCAAAUUCAUUCUCGUUUUGAAAAAGAAUUUAGUUUUAAGAAUGAGGAGACAGCACAGGUUGUCAGGAAGCACCAGGAGCUGCUGGAGUGCUUGAAGGAGGAGAGCACAGCAAAGGCAGAGCUGGCGCUGGAGCUGCACAAGACUCAGGGUACCCUUGAGGGAUUCAAGGUGGAGACAGCAGAUCUGAAGGAGGCGCUGGCCGGGAAGGAGGAUUCCGAGCACCGUCUGGUGCUGGAGCUGGAGAGCCUGAGAUGGCAGCUGCAGCAGGCGGCCCAGGAGCAGGCGGCGCUGAGGGAGGAGUGCACCCGUCUGUGGAGCCGGGGGGAGGCCACAGCCACAGACGCCGAGGCCAGAGAAGCUGCUCUCCGGAAGGAAGUGGAGAAUCUGACCAAAGAACAGUCGGAGACCAGGAAGCAGGCUGAGAAGGACCGCUCAGCCCUGCUCUCCCAGAUGAAGAUUUUGGAGUCUGAGUUAGAAGAACAGCUGUCUCAGCAUCGCGGGUGUGCCAAGCAGGCGGAGGCCGUCACUGCCCUGGAACAGCAGGUGGCAUCUCUGGACAAGCAUUUGCGCAACCAGCGGCAAUUCAUGGAUGAGCAGGCAGCCGAGCGGGAGCACGAGCGCGAGGAGUUCCAGCAGGAGAUUCAGAGGCUGGAGGGGCAGCUUCGCCAGGCGGCCAAGCCGCAGCCCUGGGGCCCUCGCGACAGCCAGCAGGCGCCGCUGGAUGGAGAGGUUGAGUUGUUACAACAAAAGUUGAGAGAAAAGUUGGAUGAAUUUAAUGAAUUGGCUAUACAGAAAGAGUCGGCAGAUAGACAAGUGUUAAUGCAGGAAGAAGAAAUUAAACGUCUGGAGGAGAUGAACAUCAACAUCAGGAAAAAAGUGGCCCAGCUCCAGGAAGAAGUGGAAAAACAGAAAAACAUCGUGAAAGAGCUGGAACAGGAUAAAGAGGUGUUAAAGAAACAGCAGAUGAGUAGCUUGCUUCUGGCGUCCACGUUGCAGUCUACACUAGAUGCAGGCAGAUGUCCCGAGCCUCCUUCGGGCAGCCCUCCUGAGGGUCCAGAAGUACAGUUAGAGGUGACACAGAGUGCACUCCUGCGGCACGAGAGCGAAGUUUUGGACUUAAAAGAACGGCUAGAAAAGAUGAAAGGUGACUUAGAAAGUAAAAAUGAAGAAAUACUACAUCUGAACUUAAAAUUGGACAUGCAGAACAGCCAGACUGCUGUCAGCCUCAGAGAACUUGAGGAAGAGAACACAAGCUUGAAGGUCAUAUAUACUAGAAGUUCUGAGAUUGAAGAACUGAAAGCCACUAUUGAAAAUCUGCAAGAGAACCAGAAACGAUUACAAAAGGAGAAAGCAGAGGAAAUUGAACAACUCCAUGAAGUCAUUGAGAAGCUGCAGCACGAGCUGUCCCUCAUGGGGCCCGUGGUGCACGAAGUCAGCGACAGUCAGGCUGGCAGUCUGCAGAGCGAGCUGCUCUGCUCCCAGGCCGGGGUACCUCGUGGGCAGGCCCUGCAGGGAGAGCUUGAGGCUGCGCUGGAAGCCAAGGAGGCCCUGAGCCGGCUGCUGGCUGACCAGGAGCGUGGGCACAGCCAGGCCCUGGAGGCCCUGCAGCAGCGCCUCCAGGGCACAGAGGAGGCUGCGGAGCGGCAGCUGGCUGAGCUGGAGCGCAAUGUAGCCCUCAGGGAGGCUGAGGUCGAAGACAUGGCCUCCCGGAUCCAGGAGUUCGAAGCGGCCCUGAAAGCAAAGGAAGCGAUGAUUGCCGAGAGAAAUUUAGAAAUUGACGCUCUGAACCAGCGGAAGGCGGCCCACUCUGCCGAGCUGGAGGCUGUCCUGUUGGCUUUGGCCCGCAUCCGCCGCGCCCUGGAGCAGCAGCCCCUGGCAGCCGGGGCAGAGCCUCCCGAGCUGCAGCGGCUCCGAGCGCAGUGUGCCCGCCUCAGCCGCCAGCUGCAGGUGCUGCACCAGCGGUUCCUGAGGUGCCAGGUGGAGCUGGACAGGCGGCAGGCCCGCAGAGCCACAGUUCACACACGGGUGCCCGGGGCCCACCCACAGCCUCGCAUGGAUGGUGGCGCCAAGGCCCAGGUCACCGGCGACGUGGAGGCCUCCCAUGAUGCUGCUUUGGAGCCGGUUGUCCCUGACCCACAGGGUGAUCUGCAGCCCGUCCUGGUGACAUUGAAGGACGCACCUCUCUGCAAGCAAGAAGGCGUAAUGUCAGUGCUCACCAUCUGCCAGAGGCAGCUGCAGUCGGAGCUGCUCUUGGUGAAAAAUGAAAUGCGCCUGAGUCUGGAGGACGGCAGCAAGGGUAAAGAAAAAGUACUGGAAGAUUGUCAGCUGCCGAAGGUCGAUCUCGUAGCUCAGGUGAAACAACUUCAGGAAAAACUGAACCGUUUGCUGUAUUCCAUGACCUUCCAGAAUGUGGAUGCUGCCGACACCAAAUCUCCGUGGCUCGUGGCCUCAGCACACCUGUUGGAGAGCAGCUGGAGUGAUGAUUCCUGUGACGGAGAAGAGCCUGACAUAUCACCCCCCGUAGACACGUGUGAUGCCAAUACAGCCACGGGGGGUGUAACUGAUGUUAUCAAAAAUUGGGAUUCUUUGAUACCAGAUGAAAUGCCAGAUUCUCCCAUUCAAGAAAAAUCAGAAUGUCAGGACAGGUCUCUUUCUUCACCGACCAGCGUACUUGGCGGCUCCCGCCACCAGAGCCACACUGCAGAGGCUGGGCCCCGGAAGAGCCCGGUCGGGAUGCUGGACCUGUCUUCCUGGAGCUCCCCUGAGGUCCUCAGGAAGGACUGGACCCUGGAGCCCCGGCCCAGCCUCCCCGUGACACCCCACUCAGGAGCCCUGAGCCUGUGCAGUGCCGACACAUCCCUGGGGGACAGGGCGGACACCUCGCUGCCACAGACCCAGGGGCCGGGGCUGCUUUGUUCCCCAGGCGUGUCCGCAGCAGCGCUGGCACUGCAGUGGGCCGAGUCUCCGCCGGCUGACGACCACCAUGUGCAGAGGAUGGCUGUGGAGAAAGAUGUUGAAGAUUUUAUCACAACAUCCUUUGAUUCUCAAGAAACAUUAAGUUCACCUCCUCCUGGAUUAGAAGGAAAAGCUGAUAGAAGUGAGAAAAGUGACGGCUCAGGUUUUGGAGCAAGACUGAGCCCAGGGUCAGGAGGCCCUGAGGCUCGAACUGCUGGUCCUGUGACCCCUGCUCCCAUCUCUGGAAGGUUUCAGCCGCUGCCAGAAGCCAUGAAGGAGAAGGAAGUGCAUCCAAAGCACGUGAAGGCUUUACUGCAGAUGGUGCGUGACGAGAGCCACCAGAUCCUGGCGCUGUCAGAAGGCCUUGCACCCCCGAGCGGCGAGCCACACCCACCCCGGAAGGAAGACGAGAUACAGGACAGCUCGCUCCAUGGGGAAAAGACGCAGGAAGUGCCCACCGCGUGCCCCGAUUGGAGAGGGGACCUUCUGCAGGUUGUGCAAGAGGCCUUUGAAAAAGAGCAGGAGAUGCCGGGGGUUGAGCUGCAGCCCCGACUCAGUGGCUCAGAUCUGGGGGGUCACAGCUCUCUGCUCAAAAGGCUGGAGGAGAUCAUCCGUGAGCAGGGAGACCUGCAGGAAAAGUUCCUGGAGCAUCUUCGCCUGCCGGACCGGAGCAGCCUGCUGUCCGAGAUCCAGGCUCUGCGUGCCCAGCUGCGCAUGACGCACCUGCAGAACCAGGAGAAGCUGCAGCACUUGCGCACGGCGCUGACAAGCGCAGAGGCGCGUGGGAGCCAGCAGGAGCACCAGCUGCGCAGGCAGGUUGAACUGCUGGCUUAUAAAGUAGAGCAGGAGAAGUGCAUUGCCGGUGACUUGCAGAAGACGCUGAGUGAAGAGCAAGAGAAAGCGAAUGGCGUGCAGAAGCUCCUGGCGGCGGAGCAGACUGUGGUGCGAGAUUUGAAGUCCGACCUCUGUGAGAGCAGGCAGAAGAGCGAACAGCUGUCCCGGUCCCUCUGCGAGGUGCAGCAGGAGGUCCUCCAGCUGAGAUCCAUGCUGAGCAGUAAGGAGAACGAGCUGAAGGCUGCACUUCGGGAGCUGGAGAGUGAGCAGGGGAAGGGGCGUGCCCUGCAGAGCCAGCUGGAGGAGGAGCAGCUGCGGCACCUGCAGAGGGAGGGCCAGAGUGCCAAGGCCCUGGAGGAGCUGCGGGCGUCUUUGGAGACACAGCGUGCUCAGAGCAGUCGACUCUGCGUGGCACUGAAACACGAGCAGACGGCCAAGGACAACCUGCAGAAGGAGCUGCGCAUCGAGCACUCACGCUGCGAGGCCUUGCUGGCUCAGGAGCGGAGUCAGCUCUCUGAGCUCCAGAGGGACCUUGCGGCUGAGAAGAGCCGCACCCUGGAGCUGUCAGAGGCCUUGCGGCACGAGCGGCUCCUGACCGAGCAGCUGAGCCAGAGGACACAGGAGGCUUGCGUGCACCAGGACACACAGGCCCAUCACGCUCUGCUGCGGAAGCUGAAGGAGGAGAAGUCCCGGGUGGUGGACUUGCAAGCGAUGCUUGAAAAGGUGCAGCAGCAAGCCCUGCAUUCUCAGCAGCAGCUUGAGGCUGAGGCUCAGAAGCACUGUGAGGCGCUCAGGAGAGAGAAGGAGGUAAGUGCCACACUGAAGUCGACGGUGGAAGCCCUGCACACCCAAAAACGAGAGCUGAGAUGCUCUCUGGAGAGAGAGAGGGAGAAACCAGCAUGGUUGCAGGCAGAAUUAGAGCAGUCACACCCACGGUUGAAAGAGCAAGAAGGACGCAAGGCUGCGAGGAGGAGCGCGGAGGCCAGGCAGAGCCCAGCGGCUGCGGAGCAGUGGAGGAAGUGGCAGAGAGACAAGGAGAAGCUGCGAGAAUUAGAACUGCAGCGUCAGCGUGACUUGCAUAAGAUCAAGCAGCUUCAGCAGACAGUGAGAGACCUGGAGUCGAAGGACGAGGUGCCUGGCAGCCGCCUCCACCUGGGUUCUGCCCGCAGGGCUGCCGGCUCAGAUGCGGACCACCUCCGGGAACAGCAGCGAGAGCUGGAGGCGAUGAGGCAGCGGCUGCUCUCUGCCACCCGGCUUCUCACCAGCUUCGCCAGCCAGGCCGUGGACAGGACAGUUAAUGAUUGGACGUCAUCCAAUGAGAAAGCAGUGAUGUCUUUACUGCACACGUUGGAGGAGCUGAAGUCUGACUUGAGCAGGCCCACCUCCUCCCAGAAAAAAAUGGCAGCAGAGCUGCAGUUCCAGUUUGUGGAUGUCCUGCUGAAAGACAAUGUUUCCCUCACAAAAGCCCUCAGCACAGUGACCCAGGAGAAGCUGGAGCUAAGCAGAGCCGUGUCUAAGCUUGAGAAGUUGCUGAAGCACCAUCCGCAGAAGGGCUGCAGCCCAAGCAGGUCGGAAAGGUCUGCUUGGAAGCCAGACGAAAAGGCUCCACAGAGUUCCCUGAGGCGCCCAGACCCCGGCCGGCUUCCACCAGCUGCCAGCGAGGAAGCACACACUAGCAAUGUCAAGAUGGAAAAAUUGUACCUGCAUUACUUGAGAGCAGAGAGCUUUAGAAAAGCUCUGAUUUAUCAAAAGAAGUAUCUUUUGCUGUUGAUUGGUGGAUUCCAGGAUUCUGAACAAGAAACACUCUCCAUGAUUGCCCAUUUGGGGGUAUUUCCUUCCAAAGCAGAACGGAAAAUCACAUCUCGUCCUUUCACCAGGUUCCGCACGGCUGUCAGGGUGGUCAUUGCAAUAUUAAGAUUACGUUUUUUGGUUAAGAAAUGGCAAGAAGUAGAUCGGAAAGGAGCUCUGGCACAAGGCAAAGCCCCUCGCCCAGGGGCCCGAGCACGACGGCCGCAGUCUCCACCCAGAACCAGAGAGUCCCCCCCAACCCGGGAUGUACCCUCUGGCCACACCAGGGACCCCGCCAGAGGCCGCAGACUGGCAGCAGCAGCCUCCCCACACAGUGGGGGAAGAGCCACUCCAUCCCCAAAUUCAAGAUUAGAAAGAUCCCUGACUGCUUCUCAAGAUCCAGAACAUUCCUUGACAGAGUAUAUUCACCAUUUAGAAGUGAUCCAGCAAAGAUUGGGAGGGGUACUACCAGAUUCUACUUCAAAGAAAUCCUGCCACCAGAUGAUUAAACAGUGAAUAAAAUGUCAUGGCUCUUUCCUGCGACAAUUCUAUUUGAGGAAAAGAUUUGUUUUUCCCUUUUCCCAAGGAAGCUCGUGGGACAGCAUGGGCACUACUCUUCAUGUGCGGUGACACCAGCCCCCAGAUGCCUUGAAUUAAGUGUCCUCACCUUUAUGCAUGACUGCAAAGCCAGAUGGAGCAUUUUUUAUGGAGCCUCCAUAUGUUUUAGGCCCAUGACCUUCGUGAGGUGACGGGCACUCACUCCCAUGAGCCCUGGCUGUGUGCUGUUGUGUGCCUGUCGGCAGAUCCAUCCUUCCUGCCUCCAAGGAGGAUACACAGAGAAUGGCUUCCUGUUGUUUUGUUUAUUUUCUUAAUGUGUACAGAUGGAAACUUCAUUUAAAAAUAAAAACAAAACAACUCAAAAAGGAAUAAAAUUUAAUCACUGUUUUGUUUGUGAAUA